AUGGUGGAUGGUUUGACAUUUUGCGGUAAUGGAACAGUUGAGCGGAAUUCAGUGGCCAACCGAAUGUUUGUUAGACUGCGUUCCACCAGUUCUAGUCCUGGGGGAACGUUGAUCUGUCGAAUGCGAGCAAUUUUGCAAAACUGUACUUGUGGCAGGAAGAACAACAUGCGAAUCGUCAACGGUGCUCCAGCAAUGAUCAACGAGUUUCCGAUGAUGGCAGCCUUGGUCGAUAUCAGAACGCGAGCUGUAUUUUGCGGAGCGGUUAUAGUUGCUGAGCGCUAUGCCCUAACGACAGCUUAUUGUCUACAAGGACGUACCAUCCGUGAGACGGCUUUACUGGUAGGAGAUCACGAUCUUUCCACCGGUGCGGAAACCAUGUACGCACAGCUAUACGUUGUGGCGGAAUUUUUGAAACAUCCUGGUUUUACAAUGCACCCUAUUGAGAACGACAUCGCGUUGCUUCGCACAGUGCAACCGAUACAGUACAACCCUGGCGUUGGACCGGUCUGCCUUCCGUGGAAAUAUCGUCAUCAGGACUUCGAUGGCGCCGUCGUGGAAGCAUGCGGUUGGGGAAACUUAGAUUUCGGUGGACCACAAUCCGAAGUACUCCAAAAGGUGUCUCUUGAUGUGAUCAGCAAUCAGCACUGUUCGGAACUGCUGAACAGUUCCAUUUCGAAUGAAAAAAUGUGCACCUACAUUCCGUCCAGGGAUGUCUGUCAGUCCGACUACGGUGGGCCGCUUUUCUUCACUGAACCGCAAAGUGGGGCUGUCUACGACCUUGGCAUCAUAAGCUACGGAUUGGCGUGUGCCGCCAGUGAGCCCAGUGUCAAUACCCGGUUGACCGAGUAUUUGGAUUGGAUCGUCACCAACAGCCCAAAUACGUUCUAUUGCGUUAAAUGA